CCCGCAAACGGACCACUUUCGGGCAAGUGAGCUCACCUAGCUAUGUGAUAGGAGAUGAAAUAACCCUCGUGCCCGCGUGUUUAUGGCUUGCUAAGUACGACAGAUAUUUUGUUGGAGAUUCAUACACGGUGUUUUUCGGUUAGCAAAUGGCGUCGCGGUCUCCGUCGUCUUCCCCCGACUCAGCCACAGGUUCGGGGACCGACCCAGCCCGGCCCGACACCGGCGAGGCUCUCGGCGGGGGCUCGGACUCCGACUCGGAUUUGGGAUUAGAUCAGUUUGACUGCGGCGCGGCUGAUUCAGGGCUUCGGCUGGACGGACCGGGAUUAGAAAGCGAGUUCGAGGCAGCCGCAGACCGAGUCCGAGAUCUUGUUCAGAUCGCCAGUAGGGAGCAGUUACUGUACCUGUACGCCAGGUACAAACAGGCCAAAGUUGGGAAGUGCAACACAGCAAAACCUGGUUUCUUCGAUUUCGAAGGUCAAAGGAAAUGGACGGCGUGGAAGCAGCUGGGAGAGACGAGCAGGGAACAAGCCAUGCAGGAGUAUGUGACCUGUGUGCACGCACUGGAUCCUGAUGGCCACACUAAGUGUUCCUCAGAGCGGCGAGGAGGAGAGCGUAGGAUUGGCUUCAGUGGAGCAGCAGUCAGCUGCCUGUACCAGGAAGAGACGAUCAGGGAGGAGGAUAAGAACAUAUUUGACUACUGCAGAGAAAACAACAUUGACCAGGUCAGCAAAGCCCUCAGUUCGAUGAACGUGGACGUCAACACGAAGGAUGAGGAGGGUCGAGCUUUGCUGCACUGGGCCUGUGACAGAGGACAUACAGAACUAGUAACCCUUCUGCUGCACCACAACGCUGACAUCAACAGCCAGGAUGAUGAAGGCCAGACCCCCCUGCACUAUGCUUCCGCCUGUGAGUUUGCAGAGAUAGUGGAGGUGCUUCUCAAGGCUGGUGCAGACCCCUCCAUUAAGGAUGGCGAGGGUUCCCUCCCCGAGGAGGUGACAGAGUCCAGUAGCAUCUCAUCUCUCCUGCGUCAGUACUCUGCUCCUAAAGGCUAAAGCAGCUCCCCCAGUGGCUCUGUGGAGAGCCAGAGUCCAGCACCAUCUCAGAGCAGCUGUCCCUACUGUCACAUCCCUCCAGCCGCACUACACAGCUGGACGGAGCAGUUCUUCUUUCUGACUGUCAGAGGUGUUCAGGAAAUGAACCCAGAGAAUUCUGUAAAAUCAAAUACUGUCUAAAUGUUUUGAGCAUUAAAGAUGUGUUGAAAUGA